AUGUGGAUAGAUUUGACAGUGUCUAGCAAGAAAAUUAGGAUUGUGUCAGUAUAUUCGCAUUGUGAAGGGACAGAUCAAGAUAAGAUGGAUAGUUUUUAUGAGGCACUCAGUGAUGUAGUUGUUAGAGUAAAGGACAAGGACAGUGUUCUGCUCAUGGGUGAUUUUAACGCCAGGAUUGGAAAUCGAACAGAAGGGUAUGAAAAGGUUAUGGGUAAAUUUGGAGAAGAUAUGGAGGCCAACAGGAACGAGAAACAACUCUUGGAUUUCUGUGCCAGUAUGGGCUUAGUAAUCACAAACUCCUUUUUUAAACAUAAGAACAUUCACCGGUAUACUUGGGAAGGCAGGGGAACCAGAUCUGUCAUUGACUAUAUAAUAACAGAUCAGGAAUUCAGGAAGGCUGUGAGGGACACACGUGUAUUCAGGGGAUUCUUUGAUGACACUGAUCAUUAUUUAAUCGGCAGUGAAAUUGGGAUUGUGAGGCCGAAAGUGCAGGAGUGCAGUAUGGUACUUAUACAACAUGUUACAAGUAACUCUCUCAGAACAUGCACUUCUGCUAGACAUUACAUUGAUUCAAAGUAA